AUGCAAAUGAUAAUGGCUAGCGGACUUGCUGAUAUCUACGUUUCUCCUCUCUCUCUCUCCCUCUGUAUGCCCCUCUCCCUCUUUCUCACACUCUCUCUGUAUAUCUCCCUAUCUGUAUCACGCCACCUCUAUCUGUAUCCCCCACUAUCUGUAUCUCUCCCAUCUCUCUCACUUUCUCACUGUAUUUCCCCCUCUCUCGAUAUAUAUAUAUUCUUCAUUCCUCCUCUCUCUGUAUCGCUUUCUUUACUAUAUCUUUCCCCUUUCCUUCUCUGUAUCCAUCUCCACCUCUGUCGCUCUGUAUCUGCCCUCUUUCGUCGUAUCUCCCUUCCCCCUCUCUGCAUCUCUCAUUCUCUCUGUAUCCCCUCUCCCCAUCUUCCCCCUCCCUCUCUGCAUCACUCUCUUGUCCACCUCUAUCGUUCCGUAUCUGCGCCUUCUCUCACUGUAUCUCCCGUCCCCCACUCAUUGUAUAUCUCCCUCUUUCUGCAUCUCAUAUCCGUCUCUAUUUAUCUCCCCGUCUCCUCUCUGUAUCUCUCUCACCCCCCUCUCUCUCUUAUGUAUCUCCUCCUCUCUGUGUAUCUCCCGCCUGUCUCUCUAUCUUCCCUCUCUUCACGCUACUCUCUCUAUCUCUCUCCCAUCCCAAUUCUCUCUAUGUAUCCCUCUCUCCCUCUCUCUCAAUGCUUACUUCUUCCCUGCUAA